AUGAGCGCUCCGACAGAACCACAACCCAGCACAUCGACCACAAGCUCCUCCACAGCGAUGAAAGCGCCCUCCUCCAUUCAAGUGAACCCCCAGCGCGCCGCUGUCCUCGUCCAGAACCUCUCCGCUAUCCAAUCCCGCAUAGCCAGCACACUGUCCUCCCUGCCUUCGCCUCAGUCGGCCCGCCAGGUCCGCCUCGUUGCAGUCUCCAAGUUGAAACCGGCCUCGGAUAUCCUCUCGCUGCACUCCCCGCCGCCCUCAGACGCUCCCACCGCCGUUGACGGCCAUCAGCACUUCGGAGAAAACUACGUGCAGGAACUCCUCGAGAAGUCUCGACUCCUGCCCCGCACGAUAAAGUGGCAUUUCAUCGGUGGGUUGCAGUCGAAUAAAUGUGCUCAGCUGGCGAGGGAGGUGGAAGGGCUGUGGGCUGUAGAGAGUGUCGACAGUGAGAAGAAGGCCGGCCUACUUGACAAGGGCCGGGGAGAGCGGAAUCAAAGGCUACACAAAGAGUUCGGCGACGAGUGGAAGGCCGAGUGCGAGCGGCACGGGUGGCAAGACAAACUCAGGGUGUUUAUCCAGGUGAACACGAGUGGGGAGGAGAGCAAAUCGGGCUUGGAGCCGGGGUCGGCCGAGUUGGUGUCCCUGGCCAAGUUGAUCAGAAGUGAAUCGUCCUGUCCGAACCUGCACCUGCAGGGCCUGAUGACCAUCGGGGCAAUUGCUCGGUCCAGGGCUACGACGAAAGAAACGGAGAACGAGGAUUUUAUUACGCUCCGCACAACGAGGGACAAGAUCGCAGAAGAGAUUGGCCUCACCAACAAGGAAGAGCUCGAGCUGAGUAUGGGCAUGUCGGAGGAUUUCGAGUCGGCGGUGCGGCUUGGUAGUGAUGAAGUGAGGGUCGGAAGUACGAUUUUUGGAGAGAGGCCAGCUAAGAAGGAUGCGAAGGUCAUAGAGGACACCGAGACGGAAAAGAAAUGA